AUGGAUGUUGGUUCUGAUGUAGAGUCCAUAACACUUAUUGAGUGUGCUACUUGUGGCCGACAUUUUCGGGAAGAUAUAAUUAACCGACAUAAAGUGGUAUGCAUUAAGAAUUCUACAAAGAAGAGAAAACCUUUUGAUAGCACUAAACAACGAUUACAAGGUAUAGAGGAAAAGAAUCAAAACAUAUUAGGAGGAGCAUCUGGGAUUAAAUCAGUUGAAACUGCACGAAAAAUAGCUCAAGUUGAAGCACGCAAACAUCAGUGGAGAAAAAAGCAUGAAGAAUUUAUCAGUGCAAUUAGGGCUGCAAAAGAGUAUACAGUUGCAAAACAGACUGGUAAACCUUUGCCACCUCCUCCACCGCCAGCUAUUGAUCCAGAUCUAAUUCAAUGUGAAUACUGUCUAAGAAGAUUCAACGAGAAAGCUGCUGAACGUCAUAUCAAGUUUUGUCGUGAAAAACACUCACGUUUACCAACUAACAAUGCAUCAUCUAACACAACCGGAAUCGGUCGUCUACGUGCUACCACACGUACAACGGCUCCAGCUAAUAUUGAUCCUACAAUACGAAGUAACAGAAAAGGCUCAAGUACUUCUUAUACACAAAAUAAUUAUGGAUUACCUACUAACGAUGAGAAUCAUAGUCGAACGUUACAUAAUACAAGUUCAACACGAAACACAAAACAUGGAAUACCACAACUAGCCAAACCAACACAAAAUCCUUCAACCACCGGUGUUCGAAAUUCUAGUGAAUUACGUAAAAAUCAGGAUGAAAUGAUAAAACCACAUAUCUCAUCAAAUAACCCAAAAGAAGAGACACCACAUAGCAAUAAUAAACGAGGCUUGCCGUCAAGUCAAAUGCGACAACCAACACAUAUAAGCAAAACAACUAGUUAUGCACAAAACAGCUCGAAAGGAGUAACAAAUGAUAAAUCAAAUAAAGUUUGUUCUGAAUGUGGUUAUAAAUUUCCAACUUCAGCUGUAAGAUUUUGUCCUGAAUGUGGUGUACGACGUAUGGUAGUUUAAUUGUCAAGUACAUACAUACAUUUCCUUUUGAAACUAUUAUAUUGUAUUGUAAGAAUAAUAUUCCUCAUUAAUAAUACCAAUAAAAACUGUAAUACUUCACUCGAAAUUUCUGUUAAUUUAAGUUAAUUAGACUUGAACUUUUUUAUUCUCUCAAUGUAUG